AUGGCGAAUGCAGGACAAGCCCCGCAGGCUGCUCGAGACCCAUUUGCAGUUGCUCUGGAUGAAUUACUGAUCAGGUUUAAAAACCGGCUCACAGCUACCGAGUUGCGGAAGUUCAAGGGAACAACACUCCAAGAUGUCAAGAAAACACUUGUCGACAUUGAGAAACGUCAAGAAACACAACGGGAGUUGCGCAAUCUGACCCGAAUCCGUGGUUUCCUUGAUGCCAUGGAACAAUUUGGCAAAGUCAUUGAAGUGUUCACUAACUCGUCCAAUAUGGUUGCUUUUAUCUGGGGCCCAUUGAAAUUCCUUCUACAAAUGUCCAGUACUUGGGCGAAUUCUCUUGAUCGAAUUCUAGAGGCAUACCAACAGAUUGGAGAAGUCUUUCCUCUAUUGCAACAGUACGAAUCGCUGUUCAUACAGCAUACAGAAAUGAGAAAGAUCUUGGUUUGGAUUUACAAAGACAUCCUUGAAUUCCAUACGCGAGUAAUCCGUUUCUUCGACCAUCCCAUCUGGCGACAACUUUUCCGAUCGGCAUGGAACGAUUUUACCGCUAACUUUGACGGAAUUUUGAAGAAUUUCAGUCGACAUAACCAGUUGAUUGAAUCACAGUUUCUAUUCCUACAUGCACGCCAGUACGAGAGCGAUCGGGGCACUACAGCGACCCACCGCACCGAACUGACUUCAAAGCUCAAUGCACUAUCGCAAGAAUUACACAACGCUCAUUCCUUACUUCAGCAAGCGGAGGAAGAGCGCAAGGCCGAGCGGCUACACGCAAUUCAAGAGUGGAUUGGUGGGAAUCAUCCUGGCGUAGUUCACGAAAUGAUACUUGAGGCUAGAGCUGAUUACUCUAGUACUGGAAAUUGGGUCAAAAAUUAUGCUGCAGUCUCAAGUUGGAUCAACGACGACCUUCCUCGGUCAUCAACAUUAUGGAUGCAUGGUAUGCCGGGCGCGGGUAAGUUCUUCCUUGUUUUGGCAUCAAUCAUCAUCCAAGCAUGUAUAAAUCACCAACAGCAUCGUACAGCAUACUACUACUGCAGGUCUGAUGACAGUAGCACCUUAUCUUGUCUAAGCAUAUUAAAAGGCCUUUUGAUGCAGCAGGUCCAUUGGUAUCCGAAUCUCGUAUCAUACUUUCGAGAGCAACGCUACCAGAAAAGCGAAAUCACCCUCAGUCUGGAAAGUACAGCAAGGCAGCUCUUCGAGACUGUUGCUUGGGAGAGAGAUCGUCAAUACAUAAUCCUCGAUGGGUUGGAUGAGUGCCUGGGAAAGGACAGGAAAACGAUUCUGUCGUUCCUGAUGGCUCUCAUUGCGAAGAUUGAUGCGAAAACACCCUCAAAAUUUCGGCUGCUUGUCAUUAGUCAGUCGGAAUCUGAUAUAAGGAAUCUACUGGAACGUGCCCAACAGUUUGAGAUCAAAGCUGUUGACAAUGCAGAAGAUAUAGCAAUCUUUGUGCGGACAUGGAUGAUAAAGCUCCGUCAAAGGUUCGAACUUGAGGAUGGGGUCUCGAUUUCUCUCGAGAAGAGGAUAUGUGCACUUGCGAGAGCAACGCGCGAAGAUUUUGAAGCUGAACUGGACACGGCUCGCUUUCCAAAAGAACUAUCAGAAGCGUGA